AAGAAAAGCGCAAUUUCUUGAGGAACUAUCUUAGGCAAAAUGGCAGAAACGCACGACAUGAUAGACAAAACUGAUAACCUCCCCCAACUGCUCCAAAGGGAGAAACCUUAUCGAGUCAUGGAUCAGGUGCAGCUGAAGGGGCGCCCUUCAAGAGUGAGCCCUCAGCAGCCUGUUGACUCCAGUCAUGUUCCACCACCUCCUAAACCCAAAUCCGCCCCCACUGAGACCACCAGGCAGAAGAAUAAAGAUAUCCUGAAUGAGGUCUUUCCACCCAGGGAAUGGAUGGAGGGGAACCAACUGUGGGUGCAGCAGGUGUCCAGUACACCUUGCACAAGAACAGAUGUCGUGCACGUGGAGGAACUACUGGACAGAAAGCUGGAGCAAAGGCGGGCCAGGCAAACGGGCAUCUGCCCUGUCCGCAGGGAGCUCUACUCCCAGUGCUUUGAUGAGCUAAUCCGACAGGUGACCAUCAACUGUGCUGAGAGGGGUCUGCUGCUGUUAAGGGUGAGAAAUGAGAUUCAAAUGACUAUUGCUGCCUACCAGACACUGUAUGAAAGCAGCGUGGCUUUCGGCAUGAGGAAAGCACUGCAGGCUGAGCAGGGGAAGACUGACAUGAAGAAAAGAAUAUCUGAUCUGGACAAGGAGAAAGAAGACCUGGAGAUGCAACUUCAAGAACAGAAAGCUAAAUGUGGUGAAACUGAGAAGAGAGAGAAGGAAAAGCGAGAGGAUGAGGAAAAGAAGCACAGUGAGGAGAUACAGUUCCUCAAGAGAACCAAUCAGCAGCUUAAGACCCAGCUGGAAACUAUCAUCACACCAAAGAAAUAACUAGGAGAAAGGAGAGAAUGUUACCUGUGAAGCCAGGUUCUUCUUCAGCACUGUGGCCAGCCUGGUCCCUCUAAAUCUUAGUAGUAACGAUAUCAUGAACUUCUUCACUUAUAAAAUUAAAACCAUCAGGGAAAAAAGUUGAUCGCCUUCUUCCCACAAAUAGCACAGCUCCGUUGGCCAGCAGUAGCCUCAGAGCCAACAGUAUCACCUGAUUUAUAGGUUAAUCUCCCCCUUUCUGCCCUCCUCCAUCCCCCACUUCUCCCUUCUCACCCCAUCCGGUCGCGGCAGAUGGCCACCCACUACUUGAGUCCGGUUCUGCGAGGAAUUUCUUCCUAAAAAGGGGGUGUUAUUUUCUCCACCGUCGCCAAGUGGUUACUCAUUGUGGGAGCGGUUGAGUUUCUCUAAUAUUGUAAGGUCUUGACCGCCCAAUGCAAAGUGCCUUGAAAUUAUGUAUGUUGUGAUUUGGCACUAUACAAUUAAAAUUGAAUUUUGUCUUGCUAACGGAAUAUAUAUAUUAAUGCAAACUCCAUGUAAUUAGGAAAUAUUUUAUUUGUCUUCAACAGCAUGACAAGCACAGUUCCAACAAUCACUGUACAUUUCUCUUGAAAGUCAAGAGAGCAUUUUACCUGUAAAUGAUGUAUGAAAUAUGAUUGAAAAACAGAGUAGGGGCUGAAAGGAAAAGAAAAGGCAGAUGCGACGUCAGUUUCCUGAGGGACAGUCAAGGUCAUGAUAAGGCAUCAAGUGGCCACUUGAUAAAGACCUUUUAAUACUCAAAAUAGUUAGUAUUCCACCUUUCCUCAACUCUACAACAUGGCCCUUUUUGGCCAAAUUAAAUAAAGAUUUAUUACAAAUGUUG